CUAUUUUAGAAGUCAGGUUUGCAUCUGAGUUCACUGUCACAGGACUUGUCAGAGAGAACUUUUAGAUUUGGCUGUGUGGAGGCCACUUCUCCUUCACGUGGAAGACUUUACCAGCAAUGGACUCCUACGUGAUUCAGAUGAAUGACAGCAACAGCCCGCCUGCAGUUUUGGAUGUGCAUGUCAGCAUGAGUGGGAGAAGCUCGGUGCCAGGAAAAAUGAAAGGCAGGAAAGCCAGGUGGUCUGUGAAACCUUCUGACAUGUCCAAUAAAACCUUUAACCCCAUCCGGGCCAUUGUGGACAGCAUGAAGGUGAAGCCCAAUCCAGUCAAGACCAUGAUUUCUCUGUCAAUUGGAGACCCUACUGUGUUUGGAAACCUGCCUACCGACCCCGAAGUUACCCAAGCAAUGAAGGAUGCUCUGGACUCGGGGAAAUACAAUGGUUAUGCUCCAUCCAUCGGCUACCUAUCCAGUCGGGAGGAGGUCGCUUCCUACUACCACUGUCCAGAGGCACCACUGGAAGCUAAGGAUGUCAUUCUGACAAGUGGCUGCAGUCAGGCCAUUGAGCUUUGUUUAGCUGUGCUGGCUAAUCCUGGACAAAACAUCCUGAUCCCAAGACCCGGUUUUUCCCUCUAUAGGACUUUGGCUGAAUCUAUGGGAAUUGAGGUCAAGCUCUACAAUCUAUUGCCUGAGAAGUCUUGGGAAAUUGAUUUGAAACAACUGGAGUCUCUGAUUGAUGAAAAAACAGCUUGUCUGAUCAUCAAUAAUCCAUCAAAUCCCUGUGGCUCAGUGUUUAAGAAGAGUCACCUUCAGAAGAUUUUGGCAGUGGCUGCAAGACAUUGUGUCCCCAUCUUAGCUGAUGAGAUCUAUGGUGACAUGGUGUUUUCGGACUGCAAAUAUGAACCACUAGCAACCCUCAGCACCAAUGUUCCCAUCCUGUCCUGUGGUGGGCUGGCCAAGCGCUGGUUGGUUCCUGGCUGGAGGUUGGGCUGGAUCCUCAUCCAUGAUCGAAAAGACAUCUUUGGCAAUGAGAUUCGAGAUGGGCUAGUAAAGCUGAGCCAGCGGAUUUUGGGACCAUGCACCAUCGUCCAAGGAGCUCUAAAAAGUAUCCUCCGUCGCACCCCUCAAGAGUUCUACCAUGAUGCUUUAGGUUUCCUCAAGUCGAAUGCAGACCUCUGCUAUGGGGCGCUGGCUGCCAUUCCUGGACUCAAGCCAGUCCGCCCUUCUGGAGCCAUGUAUCUUAUGGUUGGAAUUGAGAUGGAACAUUUCCCAGAAUUUGAGAAUGAUGUGGAGUUCACGGAGCGGUUAGUUGCUGAGCAGUCUGUCCACUGCCUCCCAGCAACGUGUUUCGAGUACCCAAAUUUCUUCCGAGUGGUCAUCACAGUCCCUGAGGUGAUGAUGCUGGAGGCUUGCAGCCGGAUCCAGGAGUUCUGUGAGCAGCACUACCACAGUGCUGAAGGCAGCCAGGAGGAGUGUGACAAAUAGUCCCUCAUCCAUUCUCCUUAAGAUUCAUCUGAUCGAGGAGAGCUGAACCCUGGCUGCUGCUCCUCAGAGAGUCACAUGUCUCUUCUGGGAGAGGGACCUCAAAAGUGCCACAUCAAGAAUUGAGGAUUAUUUCUGCUCUUCCCCAGUUGCAUUCAAUCUACACUCGGAACCCCAAAUUCUUCUUCCACCUGCUCUCCUGGAGUGACUCCCUAGUUCAUUUACCUGCACCCUGCCCCCGCCUGUGUGAUUUCCUUUUCUCUUGAGAGUUGGGGCAAAUGGGAAAACAAGAGCACAGGAUGGGAACUUGCACUCACAACCAUUUCCUUCUGCUCUAAUUAAGAGCCUCCUUUCCAGUCAAGUCUGCAGCCCACCUCUAUUGCUGCCUCAUGUUAGGCAUACCUCACUUUUUUUGUAAUAGAGAAACCCCAGGAAAGAAAUGGCCACAUGAAUUUGGUUCAUUAUAUUCUAAACACAUUAGGAAAUUUGUUAUUUAAAGGAUCCUUGACAGAAAACUUUUUGUGUAUAUUUUUUUGUAAACACUUAUUUGUGAUGAAACUAAGUAUCAACUUUCUAACUGAUCAACUUCCCAAGCUUAGAUUUGUAUGUAUCAGGUUUUCCCCAGAUGAGAACACAUCUCACUUUAAGAGACCAGAUAACUUCCCAGAAAUAUUGCUGCAUAAAGGCUAGAAGUAUCCUCAUUUAUCCUUGUUAUGGAAUCAUGAUAAUUUUUGCUGCCAUGUUAAUAUUGACUUAUUAAUAUUUGUUAUAUUAUCUUUUCAUAUAUUUUCUAAGAAGCAUUUAUAUUAUAAGAUCUUUUAUUUUGUCAAGGGCAUAAAUUAUUGUUUUUUGUUUUUUUUUUGGUAAAUAAAGUUUAUCAAGUAUG